AUGCUCUCUCCACUCCCCCUGAUAUUGGCAUUAUUAUUCCCGGCCACCGCAGUUCUCGCGGCUACCGUGACCUACGACUUCAAUAUAACAUGGACCACAGCGAACCCUGAUGGUCUCUUCCCGAGGCGGACCAUGGGAAUUAACGGGAAAUGGCCUAUACCUACCAUUGAGGUGAAUAAAGGUGACAGACUGAUAGUUAAUAUGCACAAUGGGUUAGGAGACCAGAUUACCAGCCUUCAUUUUCAUGGUAUUUUCCAGAAUGGCACGAGUUAUAUGGAUGGGCCGGCCAAGGUUACCCAAUGUCCGGUCGCUCCGGGACAAAGUUUUAAGUAUGAUUUUGUGGUGAACCAACCAGGAACCUAUUGGUACCACUCCCAUGUGAAGGGCCAAUACCCCGACGGCCUUCGUGGAGCCCUGAUAGUGCAUGACAACGACUCACCCCACAAAUCCCUCUACGACUCAGAAGUAGUGCUGACAUUCUCGGACUGGUAUCACGAGCAAAUGCCGAAACUCAUAUCCCGCUUCCUCUCCGUUGCAAACCCCACGGGGGCAGAACCAGUCCCGCAAUGCGCGCUCAUAAACGAAGUUCGGAAUGCCAAGAUCAAAGUAGAACCUGGGAAAACGUACCUUUUCAGGAUGAUCAAUAUUGGGGCGUUUGCUGCGCAAUAUGUUUGGUUUGAGGGCCACACUAUGAGGGUUGUGGAGGUUGAUGGUGUUUAUACAAAGCCGAUGGAGGCAGGGAUGCUAUAUUUGACGGCCGCUCAGAGAGUUUCUGUGCUGAUAACCAUGAAAAAUAGUACGGGGGAUAAUUUCCCGUUUGUGGGGAGUAUGGAUCAGGAUCUCUUCGACCAAGUUCCCAAGGGUCUGGAUCCAAAUGUGACCGGCCACCUCGUAUACUCCGACUCGAAUAAGAACCCUCCGGCAAAAGAAAUCCCAGAAUUCAACCCUUUCGAUGACUUCCUGUUAGAACCCGAAGACGGGGAGGCCCUCCUGGAAAAACCGGACUACUCGUUCAACCUGGAUGUAGUAAUGGACAACCUCAAUGAUGGAGCAAAUUACGCCUUCUUCAAUGAGAUAACCUACGUAGCGCCCAAAGUGCCAACACUCUACACCGCACUUUCUGCGGGCGAGCAUGCCACGAAUCCCGCGAUAUAUGGCCGUGACACAAACUCGUUCGUCUUGAAACAUAAUCAGGUCAUUGAGAUCAUCCUAAACAAUUUGGAUCCAGGAAAACAUCCCUUCCAUCUUCACGGCCACAACUUCCAACUCGUCCACCGCAGCCCGGACGACUCAGGACCCUAUAACUCCACAUCCCUUCAAAACCCUCCCAAGAUCCCAAUGCGUAGAGACGUAGUUCUUGUGCGACCAAACGGCAACUUGGCCCUCCGUUUCCGCGCAGAUAAUCCAGAUAUGUCCCCCACCACCCCCCUCCCCCGCGCUUUUCCUUGCUCUAGCUAA